CUUGCUCAGAUUUGAUGACUGCAGCUACCGACAGCUCGUGUUCUCAAAGAAUCCUACUGAAGAUACAACCAAGUCUCCUGGUCUUCGCUUCUGAUUUUCCAACGCAACAGUACAUUGGGUUAUUCUGAAACAAUGUAUCGGUUCAUUUCCAUGACAGUGAUUUCCCUGCUAGUUAUUUUGGGGCCCCAUGUCAGCAUCCAGUCUUCAUUGGGACGUCACGAGCGGAGCAUCACCAGGUCAUACAUAUCAGUGAUGACAGUGUCCAAUGGAAUGCACUGGGGGUCUUGGGGACAGGAGGAAAUGUGUCCAACCGGAACAUAUGCCGCAGGGUUUAGCCUUAAGGUGGAAGGAACUCAGGGCGAUGGAGAUGACACCGCACUCAAUGGAAUUCGUCUUCACUGCAUUGACCCGUCCAGAAACUCGGAAUAUAGUCAUAAGCACUACUCAACUGUACAGUCAGAAGUAGGAAGCUGGGGAACAUGGACAAAUAUAAAAUGGUGCUCAUCUGGAUUCUUGAAAACAUUUCAGUUGAGAGUAGAACAGUCCCAAGGAAAGGGGGAUGAUACAGCCGCAAACAAUAUCAGAUUCACAUGCAGUAACAGCGGGGAAAUACUGGAUGGGAGCGGCUUGAUGUGGGGCGACUGGAGCGACUGGAGCUACACGUGUCAAGGAAAAGGAAUCUGCGGCAUCAAGACGAGAAUUGAGUUGCCACAGGGCAGCGGAGAUGACACGUCUCUCAAUGACGUGACGAUGUACUGCUGCACCUAA